GGCCGGAGCUUGCCCUGUUUGGGGCUGAAGUUCCUCCAGCGCUGUGGGGCUUUGAGCGCGUACGGCGCGCCGGGGGAGGCCAGCAGCAGGGACAGGACCGCACCACCCGGAGCGUACGCAGACAGACGCGAUUAAAAUAUUCCAAGCCUAAUGGCCUCUGGCAUAAACAAGAUUCAUCAGCCUGGGACUUGCAAUGGAUCUAAAGGCGCUCGCAGCAGCUCGGCAGAGGAAUGCAAUCGGGAAAUGCACAUGAAAAUGUGCAAGAAGAUUGCCCAGCUCACUAAGGUGAUAUAUGCCCUGAACACUAAGAAUGAUGAACAUGAGGCUAGUAUACAGGCUCUGAGAGAGGCUCAUGAAGAAGAAAUUCAGCACAUUCUUGCUGAGACAAGGGAAACAAUUCUCCAGUGUAAAAGCAAAGUUGAAGAAGAACAGUUGCUGAGAAAACGUAUUGAGGCCCUUGAAAUUGCAGUACAACAACACAAGAGACUGAAGGAGGAAGCCUUGGCAGAGUUAACAUUGUGCAAGAAGCAGGUGCAAGAGAGGGAGCCGAGAACAGAAGCAAAACAAGCACAGAGGGCCCUUUCUACAGACAUGGUAGAUACCAAUGCAGCCUUUGAAAACAAGCUUCUACAUUUAAAUCAGGAGUCUGAUGGUCUGCUAAAUGAAUGCAAAGCAUCUAGGAGAGCAAAUUUAGAUAAAAAAGUAAUUUUAGAUGAAAAAUGCAGUAUGGAAAGACAAGUUCUAAUAAAUGAGAUGGAAAACCUGAAGAGUGAGUACCAGAGAGCAGCUGAAGAAUGUACUCAGAAAACAAGCAAACUGGAAGCCUCUUAUGAGAGAGAAAAAGAUUAUUUUAAAAAUGCUAUGCAGCAAUCUGUGAUAGAAACAAAGAAGAAUUGUCAGCAAACAGAAAUGGAGCAAAGUAAGAGCUCAGAGGCUGAGGAAGGGUUUUUGCUGCAGCAGGUAAAGAAGCUGGAGGCAGACCUAGAGGAGAAAAGCCAGAAGAUAAAUGAGAGGAAGAAACAUUCCCAGAAGCUGAAGGAGAGAAUACAGGAGCUCCAGACACAGCUAGAGGAAUUUAAAAGAAAAUCUGAGUGUGAACUAAAGCAACUAGAGAAAGAAAAAGAAGUCCUAACUGGGAAACUUCAAAACUCUUCACUUGAGACAUGUAAAAGGGCCUACUUGCUUGCUCCCUUAGGCAAGAGACUUGAAUGGAAAAAAGGUCGACUAGAUCAUUGUUUCUGUUCUGCCUGCUUGAUGCAUUUUGAGCCUUUAGAGCACAGUUCUAUGCUGGGAACCUAUGAGAAUAGUAGAGGCAUAGAGAAUAAGGGCUGUGAUCCAUCUGGGAAUGGAGAAGGACCUCAGGAGAGGGAAAGAAGAACAUACAUCCUUUGGAGGAGAGAAGCCAGCAUGGUCAACAAUGUGGCUCAGCUGAAGCAAAUAUUAGAUCAGCAAGCAAAUAAUUUCAAGGAGUCACUGAAGAAACAUAAUCUACAGUCCAACAAAGAAAAGGAGAAGCUUUUGCAGGAUCUUCAAAACACUAUUAAAGAAAACCAGAAUGUUAAACUACAGCUGGAGGCAUCACAUCAAAAAGUCUUAAAAAUGUUGGAGAAAAGCAAAAAUCAGGAACUCAAGGAGGCAGAGGAACGUUUGAGAAAGGAAUUUAAUGAGACUUUCAAGAUCCAACAUCAGUCUCAUAGGCUGGAAAUACAAACCCUGGAAGAGAAAGCAAAGAAAGAAUUACAUGAUGAACUCGAGCAGAUACAGAAGCAGCAAACCCUGUUGCUAGGCUCUCUAAGGAUGGAACUCUCUGAGCAGCAGACGUCAUGCACUAAUCUUAAGAAACAAAUAGAAGAACUCCAAAUGGAGCUGAGGAGUGUGAGGACACUGAAGAAGCAACAGGAAGGAAGUAGCCAGAGCCAGAUCAGAUCUCUCCAUGAUGAACUGGAAAAAUGUCAGAGUGAAAUUUCCGAACUCAAGAAAGAGAAUUUACUUUUGAAGGACACAAUGGAGCUACUCAGUGCUGAGUUGGAGUCACAGAAGCAAGAAGCUGAACAGCUUCAGGAUAGGGAGAAACAGCACAGAAGGCUACUGGUAGAAGACCUCAGUAUCAAGCGUAAAAAAGAACUGGACACACUGAAACAAGGUCACCGGAAGGAAAUCGAAAACAUAUUACGUGAUUUCAGCAGCACUCGGGCACAACUCCAAGCAAAGAUUUUCUCCUUAGAAGCUGAACUUAAAGAAUUAGAAGAAAAGUCAAGAAAGUGGGAGACCAGAUCAGAAGAUACACACCUUAUAAGCUGUCUGCAAGACAAAUUAAGUGAGAGAGAAGAGAUUAUCAAGCAGCUGGUGGAAGGAAGAAAAUUUCAGCAUUCGCUACUAGCCAACACUGAAUCUUACAGGAAUCGAUCAUUUUCUUUCAACCCUAAUACAGGAUGCUUGACUCCUUCCAUGAAGCAGAAGAAAAUGGUUGAGGUGCCCAGUCGUGUUGUCAGCGUUCCGAAUUUAGCUUCCUACGCAAAGAGCUUUUUGAGCUGUGACUUGAGAUCAAAAAGAAGUGCUCCUCAAAUAACAAAAUCUACAAGCUUAGACCGGAGUCCUGGCUGCCUCAGGGUGGACUCUCCAUCAGCACAGUCCUCAGACAGCAAUGCUGCUACAAGGCAGAUGGUGCUGACUGCUGCCAAAGACAAUAACCCAGGACACGGGCUUGGAUCCAGUUCUGCAAUUCCUAUACCUUAA